AUGCAGACGGAUAACCUGGUUGUCGGCUCCUCGUCAUUGUGGGACUGGAUGGGUUUUCUGCUGUCAAUCACGUUGAUCGCACAGGGCAUUCAGUACGUCCAGUGUGAUGAGUCAUCCUUUAGCUGGCCUCCUCCAGCGCUCCGGCCCGUCCUGGAGGCCGCUGUGGAGAUGGCCAACAGCGCCGUCGCAGUGGUGGCGGCAGCCUUCAGCUCUCCUCGCUCCCUCCCGCGCACCGUCAGGCGGCGACACGAAAGAGAGCGCGAAAAACGAGCCGCCAAAGCCCUCAAACGUUCCAACAGUGUGAAGGUUAAUGCCACCCGUGCGAGCGCCAAGUCGACAGCUGCCGUUGGCGCGCAGCCACACGCGCGAGUCGCCUGCAAUCACGAUGACGAGGGCUCUCAGGCUGUUUCCAAGGCGUGCUCCAAGGCCAACAGCAGCCCUAAGGCAGCGGCGGCAGGAGCGCAGGUAACCACCUGCUACUUCGUCAAUUACGUUUCCCACGCUGAUAAUAACAUCCUCUUUGGACCUGGACCGAAGCCUUCUAAACCUGCUGCUCCCUGCGACACUGCCCAUGACGCUCUCCACGAUGGUGCCCACAAGCCAGCCGUAGUCGACCCUCCGCCCCAACGCGACGAGCCCACCGACCAAGAAUCGAACAUCACUACCACCUCUCUCUCGACCACAGAACAUGACCAAGACAAGUGGCAAAUAGAGGACCAGUCGCAAGGUGUUGUUCGCUGGGUCUUGGCCUGUGUUGUCUUGUCGGUAGGGACUGUCAGCUUUGGUGGUGUGGCCCAGGGCUCGCAAUCUGCAGGCGGCUGGGCGCCGUCUCCGAAUGGGGGAGGCAAGGGGAGAAGUAGUCGAGGUAGCGGUAGCAAUAAAAAGGGCACAGGCAAGCGCAAGCGUGACCACGAUGACGGUAGAGACGAGAAGAAGCGAGUGCCCUCCCACCGUCACGAUGACGAGGGCGAGUGGGACGGUCGCUAUCUGGCCUGCCCAUACUACAAAAUGGAUCCGCACCGCUACUCUCGCUGCUGGGCAAAGUAUGAGCUCAAGCGCUUCGCCGAUGUGAAGCAGCACCUGAUCCGCUGCCACAAGGUGAAGGAGUACUAUUGUAACAGAUGCUGUCUCGUCGAGUUUGAGGACCGUGCCGCGUGGGAGCUACACACGCAGAGCUGCCACGAGCCCAAUGUCGCCCUUAAACCGGAGAACUUCACCGUGGACGAGAUCGAGCACCUGGCGAAUGCGCCGCGAGGUGCCACCGACGAGCGAAAGUACUAUUGGGUCUGGCAAGAAUUCUUUUUCAGGCACCCCCCUCCGGCAUCACCCUACGUUCCCGAUUACCUGACGGAAACCCGUUCGAUUCACUCCCCAGACUUCCAGGCUGCACUCCAGACGGCCCUUCUCUCCCCACCUCCGGCCAUCAACAUCGAGCGCGGAGAGGGCGAAGACAGGACUGCCUGGGCUCGACGCUUGAGCGACUACCUUGGCCCCCGGAUGCUUGAGCUUGCGAGCCAGGCAGAACAUCCUCGGAGGCUUAGGUUCCCUCCUAGCGAUGCCCACGCCCACACUCAUGCUCCUCCUCCCCUUGCGAACCAUCUCCAUGCCCAACUCCAUGCGAACCGUCUAGCGGUUGCCUUGCAGCAGCCUCAGCAGACUCCCCAGCCCCAGCCUCAUCCUCCUCCUCAGCCCCAGCCCGUGGCUCCAGCACAUGCUCCCGCUGUUGCUGGCCUGUUUCCCACUGUAGCUCGCCCGCUACAGGUGCCCCAUUCACUGCCCCAUCGUGUUCAGUUAUCACCUGCUGCUGCUGUUCGGGCUGCUUCAUCUGCUGCUUCUCCCUCUGGCGUUGCCAACACAAUAUCUCCAUCUCUCCUCAUGGGCAAUAUGGGCAUGGACAUGAACAUGUACUAUCAAGACCCUCGUCCUCCACCUCACCCUCGUCAGCGCUCCUAUCGCCCGGCUCCUUCUUCCACAGUACCCCCGCUGGACCAGGUCGAAAUCCCGAUCGACCCUAAUUUAUCCUACCUCGAUCCUCCUCCUCCUCCGGCUCCCCAAGGUCCACCCGGGAACACGAUUCAACCUGCUAAUACUGACCUAUCUGACGAUGACGAUGACGAUGAUGAUGAUUAUAUCGACUACGGUGCAGAAUUUUCUCGACUAUGA